AUCUGAUGCAUAAAGUCUUCAGUCAUCAGACAGAAUUUUUCUCCGUGUUUUGCUUCCCAGGUUGUCAUAAGUGAUCUCGCCAUAAAUAGAUUGCAAAAGUCCAGAAGUUUGCUGAAUCCCUUCAAAUAUGGUGCUAUCGAGCGUGAUUCGAGCAACCGGUCUGUUCUGCAUUACCAGGGCCAGAACGGGCGCGCAGGAGAUCCGCCAGGCACGCAGAAAAUAUACCUACCGAAGUGGUGCCCUUAAACCCAUGCCCGACAUCACCCCCUUCGGGCUGUUCGGAGUGAUAUUUACUGUGAUUCCUGGAUUGCUCAUCGGGGCCGCUAUCAGCAAGAAUAUAGCCAACUUCCUGGAGGAGAACGAUCUGUUCGUACCAUCGGAUGAUGACGAUGACGAUGAUUAAACUAAGGGCGAGGAAUUGCUCACAUGUGUUUAGCUUCUCUGGAUUUUUCUGCCCUAGUUGGCGAUUGGAUCGAUAUUUUUAGAUGUGGCUUGUACGUAUGAUUUUUAUCAAUUUGUUAACUCCUUUUUUUUAGGUGAAUUACAUUAAAAUACUCUGCUAGUCGUCCGGAAGACGAGUACUAGGGGUCGAACGAUCGAAAGAGGGAUAUUUCUCAGGAACAAAUCCUUCCGGACAUUAAAUUCAAAUCAGCAAACUUUCACGUACUUUUGUGCUUAAAUGUUUUAUUUAUUUGUUCUGUACUACAGUGUAUAUAUAUUUUACUUAUUGAGAGCGGAUCAAAAAUUGACACCUUCAAAUCAAUAAUUUCAACAUAGAAUAAAAAAAAGUGUUAAAAAAUAAUUACAUGUUAGUGCCCAUCGUUAUCCCAUCCUUAAAUUUAUUUACAAAUUACGAGUUCGUAUCUUUAUAAAUAUGGUUUGUAUAGUACGAAAGCUAAAAACCGACCGAUUCAAAGUAAAUAUUACAACAUCGAGUAACGCGUAUUGAAUAGAUUUGUUACAGCAAUUGCAAAUAAAAGAAGACAUUAAUUUAACACUAUCAAUAGUUUAGCCAAUUGUAACGAUGGAAUUGUUCCGGAUGGGAAACCGAUUUAACGAUAGUGUUUGCAACCUAAUAAACCAUAACGAAUAAAAUCGAAAGA